AUGUGGAGUGAUCUCAACUUGAUGACAACUUGUAAUCAACAUCAUCGGGAGUGUGGCAAAUGCGAAGAAACCGAAGAACCCGAAUUGGACUUGAAGUUCAUCAUCUGUCCUCCAAUUUUCACACCUCCAAGAGGUCAAUCCAUUAGAAUCUUCGCAAUUGUGUGCACUCUCUCCUGCCUGGCGUUGGUCAGCGCUGAGCCACCUGCCAACGGCUAUCCGCCCAGCAAUGCCCUCCAGGCGCCCGGAAAUGCCUACUUGCCCCCGUCCACGUCCUACGGCGUGCCGUCCAGCAACAGCCACCAGUACCAGCCGAGGCCCACCAACCAGUAUCUGCCGCCCAACGGACACAAUGGCCACAACGGACACAACGGACAAUCCACCAACGGCUACCACUCCAGCCAGGCUUCCUUCCAGGCUCCCAGCCAGCAGUACGGCGCUCCCAGUCAGCAAUACGGAGCCCCAAGCCAGCAGUACGGAGCCCCAAGCCAGCAGUACGGAGCCCCAAGCCAGCAGUACGGAGCCCCAGCCUUCAACCUGCCUAGCAGGCAGUACGGAGCGCCCCAGCAGAGCAGGCAGAACUACGAGGUGGAAGUCACGCGGGAGAACGUCGAGUAUGCCGGAACGGUGACUGAGAACCCGGAGAAUCCGCCGGCGGACGAGGAAUCCGACGACAGCGUGAGAGUCCAAGGCGUGCCAACGACAAAUGCGCCUCGCUUCAAUCCGCGAAAGCAGCAAUCUCGCCUCCGCGGCCAAUUCACGGAUCCGCAGGAGUUCGAGGUGGCGCGCAAUUUCCAGCCUCAGCCGCAAGGCGCUCAGCAGCAGUUUGGACGCCAGCAAGCCGGCCCACAGCGGGAAUACGGCGCGCCCGCGACUCGCCAGCAAUCCGAAGAGGAUCAGGAGGAUGAGGAGCCAAGCGUUGUCGUUGCCAAGGCGGCAUCUUCUGGCCAGUACUACGUCCUGUCGCCCGACAACACGCUGCAGCGCGUGAUGUUCCUCACCAGGCAGACCGAGGAGGAUCGCCGGCGCAACGGAUUCACGGCCCAGCUGAGAUACAGUCCAGUUCAGCCCAUCACGGACCCGGUUUACGUGUACAACGAGCAGGGACAGCUGGUGCGCGUGUUCAACAAGUAAGCAGGGACUCGUGGGCAUUUUUUUCGGGGUGGAAUUUGCAUUCAGUAUUGUUAA